UGUGAAUGCGGAUCGGUUGCCCGGCUGCAUUUAUUCGCAUUCGGUAUUUCGCCCGUGGAGUUGCACAUCGUCACAUCGUCGUCGUCUGUGAAAAUAUCUGAGUGAAAGGAUUUGGCACUAUGAAUGUGGAGAAGUUAAAGCGGCUACAGGCGCAGGUGCGCAUCGGAGGCAAGGGAACUCCCCGGCGUAAGAAGAAGGUGAUGCACCAGACGGCAGCCACCGAUGACAAGAAGCUGCAGAGUUCAUUGAAGAAACUCUCUGUGAGCACCAUACCCGGCAUUGAGGAGGUCAAUAUCAUCAAGGAUGACCUAACGGUCAUACACUUUAACAAUCCCAAGGCGCAGGCUUCCCUAUCGGCCAACACGUUUGCGGUUACUGGACAUGGCGAGACUAAGAAGAUUGUGGAAAUGCUGCCAGAGAUUUUGCCACAGCUUGGUCAGGAAACGGUGGUACAGUUGAGAAUGUAUGCGAAUUCCAUGUCCGGCAACCAAAAGACAACGGAGAGCGGUUCAACGGAGGCCAAGAUCGGUGAAGAGGAUGAUGAGGUGCCCAUGUUGGUGGAAGAUUUCGAUGAGGUGGCCAAAACGGAGGACAACAAGCAGCAGGAACAAUUGAAAGGAGCUAAGAAACAGGAAACUGAGAAAUCCAAGGAGAACAAGAACAAGGCGGAUAAGUCGGAUAAGCCGGAUAACAAGCAGCCUCAAUCCCAGCAAGGUAAACAGGAGCGCAAGAAAAAUCAUCAGUCACAACAACAACAACAGCAGCAGGAAACUAAACAGAAUGAAGCAUCGAAAAAGACACAGAACGAAAAGCCAAAGGGCAAGCAGGACAAUAAGAAGGAGACUAAAAAGAACGAAACGGAUUCAAAUCAAAUAAAUGUCAACAAAAACAAAUCCAAUUCACAGGCCAAGACUCCAGCUCCGACUUCAGUUCCAGCUCAAAGUGAGUUAGCCAAGGAACCAGCUCAAAAAGCAGCAGAACCACCAAAGCCAGAACAGUUGAAGCAACCCUCGCCAGAUGCUAAAAAAGAGCAAAUAACUCAACCCCAAGCAGAUAAAUCAAAUGCCGCCCCGGCAAUGGCGCCACCUGUUGUUCAAACAUUGGCCCAAAUUGUUGCCGCUGAGCCACCAAAGACAGUUCCAGCUACAGUGGAGCAAAAAAGCGUUGAUAAUGUUGAUAAAUCCAACGAAAAGAAGGAACCAAAAGUGGAAGCUUCCGGAAAUACUCAAAAAAAGGAACCUGCAGCUCCAGUGACUCCAGCAAGCGAACUGAAGCCGGAACCAGCUCAACCAAAGAGUGAACCAAAGACAACUCCAGUGACUCCUGCACAGACAGCAAGCCAACAGAAGUCGGAACCAGCUCAAGCAAAUGUUCAACCAAAGAACGAUAAGAAAGCUCAAGGGACUUCUGCCAAGCAGCCUGCAGCCCCUCAAAAAUCGGAACCAACCCAAGGAAAGCGUGAACCAAAGCCCCAUAAAAAGGAAGUUACAGCUCCAGUCGCGGCAGAUAAACCGCAGUCGGAACCAGCUAUAGCAAAAACUGAAUCAAACACCGACAAAAAGGAACCGAUAGCUGCAGAGACUGCCACUAAGUCCACAGCCGAGCAAAAGCCGGAGUCAGUUCCAGCUAAAGAUGUAAAGACACAAGUUUCAGCUCCAGCCAAAGAUGAAACGAAAGAAGUGGCAGCGCUGGCAAAAGAUGUCAAGAAAGAUGUGGCAGCUCCAGCAAAGGAUGUAAAGAAAGAAGUGUCAGCUCCAACAGAUGAGAAGAAACAAGUGGCAAAUCCAACAACAGAUGAAAAGAAACAAGUGGCAGCUCCAGCUAAAGAUGAAAAGAAACAAUUGUCAUCUCCAGUGAAUCCCGCCAAGCCAACAAGUGAGCAGAAACCAGCACAGGGUCAAGAAAAGGCUGAGACACCCGUCUCCAAACAAGUGGAGACACCGAUUGCUGCUCCUGCUUCUUCCUCAACUGUCGAGAAUACAUCGACUGUUCAAAGCAACGCAGACGCUGAAAAGAGGAUCAAGGCAAAUCAGAAGGAAGCAGCUCCAUCACAGACUGGCAAGCAAGGUGUUCCUCCAAUUGCACAGCAGGCUGCUUCUCCAGCUGUACAGCAGGUUACUCCUCCAACUGUACAGCAGGUUGCUCCACCAGCUGUAUACCAAGUUACUCCACCAGCUUUACAGCAGGCUGCUCCUCCACCUGUACAGCAAGCUGCUCCACCAGCUGUACAGCAAGCUGCUCCACCAGCUGUACAGCAAGCUGCUCCACCAGCUGUACAGCAAGCUGCUCCACCAGCUGUACAGCAAGCUGCUCCACCAGCUGUGCAGCAAGCUGCUCCACCAGCUUUACAGCAAGCUGCUCCACCAGCUUUACAGCAAGCUGCUCCACCAGCUGUACAGCCAGUUACUCCUCCAACUGUUAACCAAGCUGCUCCUCCAGCUGAACAGCUAGCUGCUCCACCAGCUAUACAGCCAGUUACUCCUCCAACUGUUAAACAAGCUGCUCCACCAGCUGAACAGAUUACUCCUCCCGCUGAGUCCCAGUCUGUUGAGCAACAGCAGCCAAAAGCAGGCUCAGCUCAAAAACCCACAAAUGCAGCAGGCGGCAAGAAACAGGAUCAAACUCAAAAACCAAAGCAGCAACCAUCUAAGCAAGGACAGGCGCAGGGACAACAGGGUCAAAAGCAGCCACAAUCCAAUGCGGGCGCCAACAAACCUGUGCAACAACAACAACAACAGCCACAACAGCAGCAGCAACAAAAACAGGCGGCUCCAAAACCCGCCGUAGCACCGAAACCAGAGACGGCAACCAAACCAGCUGGACCGAAACCCGCGGUUCCCGCAACAGGUCAACAGCAGCAGCAAGGUAACAACAAAGGUAACAAGGCAUCGCCCCCCAAGCAACAACAGACAGCGAAUAAACCAGCACAGCAGCAGCAGCAAAAGCAACAACAACAACAGAAGGCUGGCGGACAGAAUGAUGGAAAGCCCAAGACGCCAUCAAACACACCAAACUCGCAGCCCUCUCCAAGGGCGUCGUCGUCACCAAAAGCUGCUUCACCAAAGGCGGCCUCGCCGAAGGCUGGCACUCCAGCGGCACAAGAUGGCGCUAAUUAAAUUCACACUGUUUUAAUGCAUUUUCAAACACCAACGAUCAGCGGUCUACAAAAAUAUUGAUCGAUAUCAACACUACAGCUUAUCAAUAUUGUCGAUUUGAUUUUUAUUUUGUGAAGCUUAUAUUUUAUAUAUGUAUUGGCAAAAUAAACAAAAUUUCAAAAACAA